ACAGCCCGUCGGCUCCAGUAAAUGUCACAGUCAAACAUCUGAAAGCCAACUCAGCCGUUGUGACUUGGGAUGUUCUGGAAGAUGAAGUUGUCAUUGGAUUUGCAAUUUCCCAACAGAAGAAGGACGUGCGGAUGCUGCGCUUCAUCCAGGAGGUGAACACCACCACCCGCUCCUGUGCCCUCUGGGACCUAGAGGAGGACACUGAGUACAUUGUGCAUGUCCAGUCCAUCAGCAUCCAAGGCCAGAGCCCUGCCAGUGAGCCAGUCCUCUUCAAGACCCCCAGGGAAGCUGAGAAACUAGCCUCUAAAAAUAAAGAUGAGGUGACGAUGAAGGAGAUGGCGAAGAAAAACCAACAGCUGCGAGCGGGGGAAAUCCUCAUCAUUGUUGUGGUGUUGUUUAUGUGGGCAGGGGUGAUCGCCCUGUUUUGCAGACAGUACGAUAUCAUCAAAGACAACGAGCCAAAUAACAGCAAGGAGAAAGCCAAGAGCGCCUCGGAGAACAGCACUCCAGAGCACCAGAGCGGAGGGCUCCUCCGCAGCAAGUUUCCAAAAAACAAGCCCUCAGUGAAUAUCAUUGAAGCAUGACAGCCUGCCAUCUGACGGAUGGACUCCAUUCCUCACUCUCACUUUCUGCCUCUGAGCCUUGAUAACUAGGGAGGUGAAAUAUCAUCGGAGCAAUUUGGAAAGAGACCUAACGACCGUCACUUGCUGGCAUACACCUCCUCGUCUGUGUUCUGCAAAACAUCUGGCCAGAAAGAAAA